AGGAAACCAUCGUGUCAUUUCCCAUUACUAUUAUUCUUGUUCACUUUCCAGAAGAAAACAGAGCCGAUCCCGAGAUUUUCCUCCUGCAGUUUAGUCCUUACCAUCUCCUUCUCCGGAAAAUCCAUUUGUGAUAAAAGUUUAAAAAAGAGAAAAUUAUUGUAGCGUGGUGAUAGGAGGCGGCAUGGAUUCAGGGGAUUCAUCAAUGUCUAAGGUGGGAAGAAAGCCUCUCCUCUGCGUGCUCAGUGUUCCAAAUCACAUGACAUAUGCAGACUUUUGUCAGUUUUGUGGUUCAUUUGUUCAACAUAUGUUGGAAAUGCGAAUUGUCAGGAAUGAUGGAAUGGAAGAUUGUUACAGUAUAUUGAUCAGGUUUGAUGAGCAGAAAGCUGCAGAUACUUUUUACAAGCAUUUUAAUGGUAGACGAUUUUCAUCUCUUGAGGACGAGACCUGCAAUGUGCUUUUUGCUGCUGAUGUUCAUUACACUGGUUCAAUUGAACGCACCCAGUCCAUACCUGCAAGCUCUACAGAGCAACCAUUCUGUCCUGUUUGUCUUGAGAGACUGGACCAGGAUACAAGUGGAAUUCUCACAACCAUUUGUAAUCACUCCUUUCAUUGUUCAUGUAUUUCUAAAUGGACAGAUUCUUCGUGCCCUGUAUGUCGAUACUGCCAGCAGCAGCCUGGAAACUCAACGUGUUCUAUCUGUCAAUCACCAGAAAAUCUAUGGAUGUGUGUUAUUUGUGGUUUUGUUGGCUGUGGAAGAUACAAAGAAGCUCAUGCUAUAAGGCACUGGAAAGAGACACAACAUUGCUAUGCACUUGAACUGGAAACGCGUCGUGUCUGGGACUACGCAGGGGACAACUAUGUUCACCGUUUGAUUCAGUCUAAAACUGAUGGCAAGUUGGUUGAGCUCAACCACCAUUGUCAUCAUGAUAUUGAUGGCUGCUGCAGCUGCGAAUGUGCUACAGAUCCUGGAUUUAGUGAGACUCUUGCAAACAGCAAAGUUGAAGCUAUUGUGAACGAGUACAAUGAGCUCCUGACUUUGCAACUGGAGAACCAAAAAAUGUACUUCGAGUCCUUACUGCAAGAGGUUGAAGAAGAAACUGAUAGGGAAAUUAAGGAAGCUGUUGAGAAAUCACUUUGUCAGAAUCCAAGGUUGAUGAAGUUAAAAGUGCGUUUGGACAAAUGCAUUGAAGAGAAGAAAUUUCUUGAUGAUAUCAAUGACAAUCUUACCAGAAACAAGGAUAUAUGGGAAGCCAAGAUAUCGGAGAUUGAAGAAAGGGAGAAGAGGAAGUUGAAAAUGAAGGAUGAGAAGAUACACGAAUUGGAGGAACAGCUUGCAACUCUGAUGGCAUCCAUCGAAACGGAGAAUGCAGUUCAAUAGAUGCCUUAGUGAAAUGGGGCAACAGCUGACCUGGAGUCGAAGCCUAGCACCUUGAAGUUGUGUCGGGAGAAGCAGCCGGGAUCAUAAAGUAGUUAUUUUAGGCAUCAUACAGUAGUGUCUUACAAAUGUGAAAAUGCCUCUCUUGUAUAUAUGACGGAUAUUAGGUGUUGUCCAGAAAACCCUGUAUAGUGACCUCAAUCGAAAGUAGUUCCCAGCUUUUAGCCGUUGAUUGUGGUUAACCUCUUUUGUGUAUGAAUGUAUCGGAAAGAGCAGCACAUUAGUGAAUGAUCUGAAUAUGCCUAACUGAACAUCAAACAAUAAAGUAGAAACAACCUAUUAAGACA